GCUCGUACACUUACUGCCUCACUAAACCACACAAGAGUUUAGUUUUCAAAUACUAGUAAUAAUAACUGAAGAAGACUCUUAACCAAUAAGUUCACCUCAUGUAUAUCAUGUUUAUUAAUACAUAACUAAUAAUAAUAAUAAUUAAAGGAGCAGUAAAUGACAAGCUCUUUUUUUCUAAACACCUUACACACAUUAUUCUGGUGUGCUUGUAAACUAAUAAUAAUAAUGAUUAUUGUUUAUUACAGUAUCCUCUUUGCUGCAAGGCACUCGUCAUCAGAAAGAGGGAGGAGUUUAGUGUUUGGAGGUAAAUGCUGUGAUUGGUUAGAAUGUUUCACAGACUCGAGCCAAUGGGCGACUGACAGUCUCCUUUUAAAACUGGAAACAUCUACACAUGAGCAAAUAUCUUCUUCUAUUUCACAUUUUGAAGUUUUGUAACAGUCGCGAUAAUGAGUGGCAGAGGUAAAACCGGCGGCAAAGCGCGAGCAAAGGCUAAAACUCGUUCCUCCAGGGCGGGACUGCAGUUCCCCGUCGGCCGUGUGCACAGACUUCUCCGCAAAGGCAACUACGCUCAGCGUGUCGGUGCCGGUGCUCCCGUUUAUCUGGCCGCUGUGCUCGAGUAUCUCACCGCUGAGAUCCUGGAGUUGGCCGGAAACGCCGCUCGGGACAACAAGAAGACUCGUAUCAUUCCCCGUCACCUGCAGCUGGCAGUGCGGAACGACGAGGAGUUGAACAAACUCUUGGGUGGAGUGACCAUCGCUCAGGGUGGGGUGUUGCCCAACAUCCAGGCUGUGCUGCUGCCCAAGAAGACCGAGAAACCCUCCAAGACCAAGUAAACCAACCCCAGUCUGUUUGCCUGACCCCAACGGCUCUUUUAAGAGCCACACACUUGAACUAAAAAGAGACUUUUCUUCUCUUAUAUAAAGUCUUCAGUUCAAUGGUUGGUACAGAAGCUAAAAUAAAGAAAUGUGUAGGAGUGCAUACAUGCAGUAACAAGUGUUUCUAUUUCAUUCGUAACUGAAAAACUGCAUCAGCUUGGAGCUACUUAUGCAGUGGCAUAACUCCGUAAAGACAUGUAAUGAAAAACUACAAGAUUUGUCUCGAAUAAUGUGCAGCAUUAGACACAUGCGGUG